AUGCCAACUGGGCGUCUGGCCAAAUGGCAGAUGAUUCAUUCAGAGUUUGAUAUUGUUUUCACUUCGCAAAAAGCCGUCAAGGGGCAAGCUAUAACCGAUCAUUUGGCAGAAAAUCCAAAGGACGAUGAUUAUCAACCGCUCCAUACUUAUUUUCCUGAUGAAAAGGUUUUAUUUGUUGGUGCCGUAGAAGACAUGAGCGAGCAGUGCCCUGAGUGGAGAUUGUUUUUCGAUGGUGCGGCCAAUUUUUUUGGAGUUGGGAUAGGAGCAGUUCUUGUAUCCCUAGAAGGGAAGCAUUACCCUGGAGCCGCUAAUUUGCAAUUUGCUUGCACAAAUAAUAUGGCCGAGUAUGAAGCAUGUAUUUUUGGUCUUAAAAUGGCUUUGGAAAUGGAGGUUAGGGAGUUAAUAGCCUUCAGUGAUUCAGAUUUACUCGUGCACCAAACAUUGAAGCAAUGGAUAACCAAAGAUUCAAAGAUUCUGCCAUACCAUUGUAAUUUGCUUAAUUUGGCUAGACAAUUUCAACGUUUGGAGUUUAGACAUCUCCCACAAGCCCGAAAUGCAUUUGCAGAUGUUUUGGCCACCUUAUCUUCUAUGAUACAAUAUCCGGACGAAUUAGGAAUCGAGCCUAUCCGGAUUCAACUCCAAGACAAGCCUGCUCAUUGUUGGGUCAUAGACAAUUCUUCUGGCAAAAGCCCUUGGUACAAUGAUAUUAAGAAAUUCAUCCAAACCGGGUCUUACCCUCCAGAAGCUAGUGCAAAUGACAAGGGUUUCCUGCGCAGAAUGGCCUCGAAGUUUUUCUUAAAUGGAGAGGUAUUGUACAAAAGGACCUCAGAUUUGAACCUUUUAAGGUGCAUCGAUGAAGAUGAAGUUCAAUACAUGAUGAAAGAGGUACAUAGCGGUGUCUGCGGAUCUCACAUGAAUGGACAUUUGCUGGCAAAGAAAAUUAUGAGGACCGGGUAUUUUUGGCUUACAAUGGAACGCGAUUGCAUAGAUUUUGUCCGGAGAUGUAUUAAAUGUCAAAUGCAUGGUGACGUCAUAUGCGCUCCUCCUACCGAGUUGCAUAGCAUGAUUGCUCCGUGGCCCUGCUCAAUGUGGGGUAUGGACGUGAUUGGCACAAUCGAUCCUCCUGCUUCAAAUGGACAUCGAUUCAUAUGGGUGGCAAUUGAGUACUUCACCAAAUGGGUCGAAGCAGAAUCAUUCAAGCACGUGACUAAGAAGGUGGUGGCGAAUUUCUUAAGAGAUCACAUCAUAUGCCGAUUUGGGGUGCCGGAAACAUUGAUUACGGACAAUGCCAAGAAUCUCAACAAUGACAUGGUGGACGGGCUAUGCGAACAGUUCAAAAUCAGACAUCGCAACUCUGCCAUCUAUAGACCGCAGAUGAAUGGAGCUCAUCGUGACUGGCAUGACAAACCCCCUUACGCACUGAUGGCGUAUCGGACUUCUAUCCGAACAUCAACUGGGGCAACACCCUACUCGCUCAUGUAUGGAAUGGAAGCCGUGCUACCUACCGAGGUCGAAAUUCCGUCAUUGCGUAUCCUAAUGGAGACCAAGUUGGAAGAAGCUGAUUGGAUAAAACAGCGUUAUGAACAACUAUUCUUGAUUAAUGAAAAACGGCUUAAUGCCAUUUGUCACGGCCAAUGCUACCAAAAGCGCAUGGCCCGGGCCUACAACAAGAAGGUCCAUUUGCGUACUUUUGAGGAAGGCGACAAAGUGCUGAAGCGGAUUUUGCCAGUGCAAGAUGAGGCCAAAGGCAAAUUUGCUUCGAAUUAG